AUAAUCCAUUUCCUCACUCAUCAACUUCAAAAAAAUCAAUUUUUUCUUCCAACCCAACAAAAUUCUAUACGGAUUCUCAACUGGGUAUUCUGAAAAGAUUCCAAUUUUGAUUAUUUUUUGGAACCAGUUUUUGCUGUGAUUAUCACAAAUUUUGUUGUUUGCCAUGGAACUUUCUGUUAUUGGUGGCUCUCAAGUGAAGUUGGGAAGAACCGAUUUUGGUUGUAGAGAACUAGGUUAUGUUAUUCUGAAGAAUGAUUGUAGAUUUUCAAAGGGUGGAGUUUGUUUUGGACAGAGUUUAAGGUUGAAGAAAAGUGGAAAUGGAAUGAUGACUUUGAAAGCUGUUCAUGCUGAACCAAUCAGAGAGAUGAUGAAGAAGAAGAAGAAUUCUGGAUCUGGAACAAGAUCCAAGCCUGUAGAUGGUGUGAGAUUAUUUGUGGGAUUACCCUUGGAUACAGUUUCUCAUGACUGCAAUUCAAUAAACCAUUCUAGAGCAAUUGCAGCAGGGUUGAAAGCUUUGAAGCUAUUAGGAGUUGAAGGUGUUGAGCUACCUAUUUGGUGGGGAAUUGUUGAGAAAGAAGCUAUGGGGAAAUAUGAUUGGUCUGGUUAUCUUGCUAUUGCUGAGAUGAUUCAGAAAGCGGGUCUUAAGCUUCAUGUUACACUUUGUUUUCAUGGUUCUAAGAAACCGAAUAUCCCUUUGCCUAAAUGGGUUUCGGAGAUCGGUGAAUCGCAGUCGGGUAUUUACUUUACGGAUCGGUCUGGACAGUGUUACAAAGAGUGUUUGUCGCUCGCGGUUGAUAAUCUUAAUGUUCUUAAUGGAAAGACUCCGGUUGAAGUUUACCAGAGUUUUUGUGAGAGCUUCAAGUCUUCAUUUGCCCCGUUCAUGAAGUCUACAAUUACGGGGAUUUCCAUGGGAUUAGGACCCGAUGGUGAGCUCCGAUAUCCGUCUCAUCAUGAGCUACCAAGCGACGGUAAAACUCGAGGAAUAGGAGAAUUCCAGUGCUAUGAUCAAAACAUGCUAAGUUUACUCAAACAACAUGCUCAAUCAUCUGGAAAUCCGUUAUGGGGACUCGGCGGUCCACACGAUGUGCCUACCUAUAACCAAUCACCAUACUCGAAUAGCUUCUUCAAGGAUGGUGGUUCUUGGGAGUCUCAAUAUGGUGACUUCUUCCUUUCAUGGUAUUCUUCUCAGCUCAUAGAACAUGGAGAUUCCCUCCUUUCAUUGGCAGAUUCUAAUUUCGGAGACACCGGAGUUUCAAUAUACGGAAAAAUCCCGCUUAUGCACUCUUGGUAUGGAACUCGUUCCCGUCCGUCCGAGCAAACAGCAGGGUUCUAUAACACUGCCAACAGGGAUGGUUAUGAACAAGUAGCAAAGAUGUUUGCUAAAAACUCAUGCAAAAUCAUAUUACCCGGAAUGGAUCUUUCGGAUGCAAAUCAACCAAACGAAACUCAUUCGAGUCCCGAGUUACUACUUUCACAAACUAUGACGACUUUCAGAAAGCACGACGUGAAGGUUUCAGGUCAAAACUCGUCGGAGUUUGGUGUCCCGGGCGGUUUCGAACAAAUGAAGAAGAAUUUAUCAGGAGAUCAUGUACUUGACUUGUUCUCGUAUCAAAGAAUGGGAGCCUAUUUCUUUUCUCCCGAGCAUUUUCCUUCGUUCACCGAGUUAGUUCGGAGCCUUAAUCAACCGAAACUCCAUUUAGACGAUCUCCCUACCGAGGAGGAAGAAGGCGCAGAAUCUACGAUCAUGAGCCAAGAAUCAAGUGUGAGCAUGCAAGCAGUGUAAAACAUGAAAGUGGUGUAAAUUUGUGAUGAUGAUUGUGCAUAUAACAAUUAGUAGAGUUGUGUUGUAAAGUAAUUAUUAAGUACAAAAUGAGGAUGCAUAUUACUGUUUCAACCUCAAGUAGAGUUUACAAUUAUUGAUUGUAAAGUAGUUGAGGAUUGGUGACUGAUGACACUGUAGUAAUAUGUCUGUUUUAGAUUAUAAGGCCUCUAAAACUAAGUCUAAGGGACAUGAGUUUCAUAUGAUUAUUUACAUUAUUAUAUAGAUAUUGGUGAGAGGAAUCUAAACCAAAUGGACUAUUAGUCCUUUUUGCUCUGUGUUAUGCUGAACAAUUAUGAUAUAAUACUCCCAAUCUGUUACUUUAA